AUGAGGACGGCCAUCUUCCAGUAUAUCCUCUUCCUCGCCUCCCGAGACGUCACCUCCUCCGACGCCGAAGCCGUCUACGCCCAACUACAGCAAUGGUACGAUGAAUCCACAGGCCUGUGGCAAGGCCAAUGGUGGAACAGCGGGAGCUGUAUAUCGACAAUCGCGAACCUCGCCACGAUCGAUGGGAAUUUGAAGAACGACAUCGUAUCGGUCAUGGAGAACAGCUUCGCCAACGCCCCGAAGACGUAUCCCAACUUCCUCAGCAAGUCCGUCAUCCCAUCAUCCCACCCCCUCACGCAUACCACUGACAAAGCCACGCCACGCAGCUACUACGACGACGACGGCUGGUGGGCCCUCGCCCUCCUCUCCGCCUACGACCUCACGCGCAACACCGCCUACCUCACCAGCGCCACCGCCAUCUUCACCUCAAUGCGCUCCACCUUCGGCAGCACGCCGUGCAGCAGCAACUCCGGGGCCCAGGGAGGCAUCUGGUGGGACAAAGACCACACCUACAUAAACGCGAUCCCGAACGAGCUGUUCCUCAGCGUUGCGGCACACCUCGCGAAUCGCGCGGGUGACGGCGGGGAGUACAGGGAUCUUGCGCGCCGGCAGUGGGAGUGGUUCCGGGGGACGGGGUUGAUUAAUCAGGGGAACACGAUAAACGACGGCUUGGAUCCGGGGAGUUGCGCGAACAACGGCGGCGUCGUGUGGACGUACAAUCAAGGCGUGAUCCUCGGGGCCCUGGUGGAGCUUUCGAGCGCCACGGGGGAUGCUUCCCUCCUCAGCACCGUCGGCUCGAUAGCCUCGGCGGCGAUAGCCCAACUCAGCGAUUCCGACGGGAUUCUGCAUGAGCCUUGCGAGAGUUAUGCGGAGGGUUGCGAUACGGAUCGGACGCAGUUCAAGGGGAUUUUUGCGCGGAAUCUCGCACGGCUGGGGAGGGCGGGAGGCGGCGAUUAUGGGGAUUUUCUGAGGAGGAAUGCGGAGAGUGUUUGGGGGAGCAGCAAUGAUGGGGAUGGGGUGCUUGGGGUGAAUUGGGCGGGGCCGUUUGGGGGUGGGAAUGCGAGUACGACGUGUAGUGGGUUGGAUGUUUUGGUUGCGGCUCUGGGGACGUGA